UUGUUGAGCCUGGCGGCAGGUCGGACGAUAUUUCUUGAAGAAGACAUUGUCACGUUCGAGGAGGUAAACUUUUUGAAAAAAUAUGGCUACCUAUCUGAACAAGGGUUUGGUUCCCCCACUUACACAGCACUAUCAAUUGCCGAAGCCGUACGAAGUAUGCAGAACUUUGCUGGCCUUCCGCCAACCGGACAACUCGAUUCAGAAACCAGAAAGCUAUUCAAAAGAAAACGUUGUGGUGUGAAAGAUAUCGAAACGAAAUCAAACAGGAUCAAAAGGUAUAUUCUGCAGCAAGGAUGGGGGAGAAAGGCUAUCACAUACAGGGUUAUCAAUGGCUCGAGUACAUUAGAGAAGUCCCGUGUAGAGGCUUUAAUGGCCAACGCGUUAGCGGUGUGGGCGCCACACGGAAACCUACGCUUCAAAUCUCUAAACUCCGCAGCCGACAUACAAGUUUCCUUCGCCAGCAAGGAUCAUGGAGAUGGGUUUCCUUUUGACGGGCCAGGUCACGUGGUGGCCCAUGCGUUCCCACCUCCCCAUGGCGCGAUGCAUUUUGAUGAUGAUGAGCAAUGGGGUGACAACGCCAACGAGGAAGACGAAGAUGUCACCGACUUUUUUGCUGUGGCCGUUCACGAGAUAGGCCACGCUUUAGGCUUGUCACAUUCGAAUGUUAAAUCAUCAGUGAUGUAUCCGUAUUACCAAGUUCCAGUAGAAAAGUUACAUGAAGAUGAUAUUUUGGGAAUGCAGGAGCUAUAUCUGAAGGAGCAACCGUCGUCAGCGGAGGUCGCAGCCAGUUUCACGCUAGCCCCACGGUCCACGGUGGCUGACAGUGAUGAAAACCUCCUGCCUGACCUGUGCUACGCCAACUACGACACUCUACAGGUCAUCCAGAACAAGCUGUACGUCUUCGAGGAAGAGUGGGUAUGGGUUUUAUCUGAAAGAAAGAUUAUCGAGGAAGGCUAUCCCAAGCGGUUCCACGAUGUGUUUGUGGGAUUACCGAGACAUUUUAAAGUUAUACGCACCAUAUAUGAGAACAGGAACGGCCAUAUUGUAAUAUUUUCAGGUCGCAGUUACUUUGAAUUCAGUUCACGUUUCCACCUCAUAAAACGCGGGAGAAUCACAGAUUUUAAAAUACCGUCCCGGGUAGCGGAACUGACGACCGUGUUUUUGUCGAAUUACAACAAUAAGACGUACCUCAUAGACGAUGAGAGGUACUGGCGUUAUGAUGAAGACACUGGAACCAUGGACAAAGGAUAUCCGAAACAAAUGUCAGCGUGGAGGGACGUUCCGUAUCCGGUGGACGCAGCACUCAUCUGGAAAGGAGACACGUUCUUCUUCCGAGGUCCUCGUUUCUGGCGUUUCGAUAACAAGUCUGUGAAGGCGCAUCCAUACUAUCCGCUGCCCACCGCAGUCGUGUGGUUCCCUUGUGAACCUACACCAGAUAUAGCUAUAUAUCUCACUAACUCCGAGCCCUGA